AUUUUUUUUUUUUUUUUUGGGGAAAUGGGUAACAGUUUAAGGUGCUGUUUGGCUUGUGUUCUUCCUUGUGGAGCUCUAGAUUUGAUCCGGAUCGUCCAUUUGAGCGGCCAUGUGGAGGAAAUUGCCCAUCCCAUCACCGCCGGCGAGGUUCUCAAAGCCAACCCAAAUCAUGUUCUUAGUAAGCCUUCUUCACAAGGAGUCGUUCGCCGGAUUCUCAUUCUCUCCCCGGAAUCAGAGCUCAAAAGGGGUAGUAUUUAUUUCUUGAUUCCGGCCACUUCCUUGCCGGAGAAGAAAAAAAACGGCGGCAACACCUUCAAAAAUUCGUCAAAAAAAACCAAAAACUCUACCGCCGCCGUCCCCGUUGACACAACCUCCUACCUCUCCGAUAUUGUCUCCGACAAGAAACCGUCGCGGCGGGACCGCCGCGGCGGCAGCCGCGUCGUUGUAUGGCGGCCGCAUUUAGAGAGCAUCUCUGAAGACUAAAAUCAUAUAAUUCACAUCAAAACAAAUUAUUUUCCCGGCGGCCGGAUCUGAUUUUCCGCCGGCGAUUGGGAAACAAAUCGGAGCCGUAAUUCGGAUUUUUUUUUUUUUUUUUCAGUUUUUGUUCCGAGCUGUG